AUGCGGCAAGGUACGAUGCCAAAGCCGACAAGCGGAGCGAAUGAAAGUUCACCAGACACAGUUGUGGAAAGCAGUUCUAGUUUAACUUUCACGAAGGCUUCUGGACGAAGAGUAGCCUUUGCUGAUAUUUGGAAUUGGGAGCAUUGGUGUCAACUGCAACGCAAGACUGGGAAUUGCUCGGAAAGUGUCAUGAGAUAUUAUUACGACACCCAAGUAGACCAAUGUAUAAACUUCACGUACAGCGGUUGUGGAGGCAAUGAAAAUAAUUUCGAUUCGACUAAAAUUUGUGAACGUUUUUGUAUUGGCGCUCCCUACACAACAUUGAAGGACGAUGGAAUAAACUUUUGUGGAAUUCAACCGGACGCUGGGAUCUGCUUACACCUUACCACAAAGUACUACUACGAUGUUAACAGCGAUAACUGCAAAGAGUUUAAAUAUGGAGGUUGUGGCGGCAACCGAAAUAGAUUUGACAAUAUGAGAUCUUGCAAGCGAGAGUGCGGUGGAUCUUCGAAA